GGUUUGUGCUGUAUGUGAAUAAAUUCACUUGCGAUAAAGAUGCCUAAAAAGAUCAUUAAUCAGACCUCAGUGGCAGAUGUGCUGACCGGCGCGGAACAAGUUGAGUUUGAGGAUGUGGCCGUUUACUUUUCGAAGGAGGAGUGGGAAUAUUUACAGGAGGGUCAGAAGGAGCUUUAUAAGGAUGUGAUGAUGGAGAAUUACCAGACGCUCCACUCGCUAGGUUGUGUCGGUGACAAGCCAUCAGUUGUGACAAAGAUUGAGCAUGGGGAAGAGCUGUGUGUACAAGGGCGCCAGAGACAUACGGGGGCAACACAUAUAAAUACCAGCAACUUUCAGCCAAGGAGCAGAAAUAUUUCUGGGCAGCAAGAAACUUUGGAGGAGACCAGACAAAUGAUUUUAAGGAAAAGUCAUAAAGAAGCAAAACAAAUUAAAAAGAAAUUACCAUGCAGGCUUCGUAUAACAAUUGUGAGAAUUACUGCUGAAGAAAUUAAAAAAUAUGGUGACGUAAGACUUAGAGAUUCCUGUUUAUCUGCACCCAAUGGAAAUGCGCAUAUGGAGUAG